AUGAAGAGUGACCGGACUAUGGAUAAACCUAUUCAAUUUAAAGAUAGAGAUGCUUCUGAAAAUACAAUGAACAACAAGCUCAGAUCUAAGCUGAAGAAGAAGUGUGAGUGUGUGUUUGAGGGGAUUGCUAAAGCAGGAAACCCAACACUUCUGAAUCAGAUCUACACAGAGCUGUACAUCACAGAGGGAGGGAGUGGAGAGAUCAAUGAGGAACAUGAGGUCAGAUGGAUUGAAACAGCAUCCAGGAAACCAGCCACACCAGAAACAACAAUCACAUGUGAGGACAUCUUUAAACCUUCACCUGGAAGAGAUGGACCAAUCAGGACAGUGAUGACAAAGGGAGUGGCUGGCAUUGGGAAAACAGUCUUAACACAGAAGUUCACUCUGGACUGGGCUGAACACAAAGCCAACCAGCAUGUCCACUUCACAUUUCCAUUCACUUUCAGAGAGCUGAAUCUGCUGAGAGGGAAAAAGUUGAGCUUGGUGGAACUUCUUCAUCACUUCUUCACUGAGACCAAAGAAGCAGGAAUCAGCAGGUUUGAGCAGUUCCAGGUUGUGUUGAUCUUUGACGGUCUGGAUGAGUGUCGACUUCCUCUGGACUUCAACAACAACCAGAUCCUGACUGAUGUUACAGAGUCCACCUCAGUGGACGUUCUGCUGACAAACCUCAUCAAGGGGAACCUGCUUGCCUCUGCUUGCCUCUGGAUAACCACACGACCGGCAGCGGCCAAUCAGAUCCCUCCUGAGUGCAUUGGCAUGGUGACAGAGGUGAGAGGCUUCACUGACCCACAGAAGGAGGAAUACUUCAGGAAGAGAUUCAGAGAUGAGGAGCAGGCCAGCAGAAUCAUCACCCACAUCAAGACAUCACGAAGCCUCCACAUCAUGUGCCACAUCCCAGUCUUCUGCUGGAUCACUGCUACAGUUCUGGAGGACGUGUUGAAAACCAGUGAGGGAGGAGACCUGCCCAAGACCCUGACUGAGAUGUACAUCCACUUCCUGCUGGUUCAGUCCAAUGUGCAGAACGCCAAGUAUCAUGGGAGAGCUGAGACAGAUCCUCUCUGGACUCCAGAGAUCAGGGAGAUGAUCCUGUCUCUGGGAAAACUGGCUUUUGAGCAGCUGGAGAAAGGCAACCUGAUCUUCUAUGAAGCAGACCUGGCAGAGUGUGGCAUUGAUAUCAGAGCAGCCUCGUUGUACUCAGGAGUGUUCACACAGAUCUUUAAAGAGGAGUGUGGGCUGCACCAGGACAAGGUUUUCUGCUUCGUCCAUCUGAGCCUUCAGGAGUUUCUGGCUGCUCUUUAUGUCUUUCUGACAUUCAUCAACUCUGGAGUCAAUCUGCUGUUACAAAAAUUAGCCUCCUGGUGGUCUGCACGAUUCAACAAGAAAUCUGAACUAAAACCUCUCCUCCAGAGUGCUGUGGACAAGGCCUUAAAGAGUCCAAAUGGACACCUGGACUUGUUCCUGCGCUUCCUUCUGGGUCUUUCGCCUCCGACCAAUCAUACUCUCUUACGAGGCCUGAUGACAGAGACAGGAAGUGGCUCACAGACCAAUCAGGAAACAGUCCAGUACAUCAAGGAGAAGAUCAGGGAGAAUCCCUCUCCAGAGAGAAGCAUCAACCUGUUCCACUGUCUGAAUGAGCUGAAUGACCAUUCUCUAGUUGAGCAGAUCCAACAGCACCUGAAAUCAGGACGUCUGUCCACAGUCCAAAUGUCCCCUGCUCAGUGGUCAGCUCUGGGCUUCAUCUUACUGUCAUCUCAAGAAGAUCUGGAAGUGUUUGACCUGAUGAAAUACUCUGCUUCAGAGGAGGCUCUUCUGAGGCUGCUGCCAGUGGUCAAAGCCUCCAGGAAAUCUGUGCUGAGUGGCUGUAAUCUGUCAGAAAGAAGCUGUGCAGCUCUGGCCUCAGUUCUCAGCUCCCAGUCCUCUAGUCUGAGAGAGCUGGACCUGAGUCACAAUGAUCUGCAGGAUUCAGGAGUGAAGCGUCUCUCUGCUGGACUGGAGAGUCCACACUGCAGACUGGAGGCUCUCAGGCUGUCAGGCUGUCUGCUCACACAGGAAGGCUGUGCUUCUCUGGCCUCAGCUCUGAGCUCCAACCCCUCCCAUCUGAGAGAGCUGGACCUGAGCUACAAUCAUCCAGGAGACUCAGGAGUGAAGCUGCUCUCUGCUGGACUGGAGGAUCCAACCUGGAGACUGGAGGCUCUCAGGGUGGACCAUGGUGGAGAGCAGUGGUUGAAACCAGGCCUGAGGAAGUAUUCCUGUGAACUCAAACUGGACACAAACACAGCAAACAGAAACCUCGUCCUGUCUGAGGACAACAGGAAGGCGACAGCAGUGACAGAGAAGCAGCCAUAUCCUGAUCACCCAGAGAGGUUUGACUACUGGCCACAGAUCCUGUGUAAAGAUGGCCUGACUGGUCGCUGCUACUGGGAGGUCGAGUGGGAAGGAAGGGUUUAUAUAGCAGUGACUUACAGAGGAAUCAGCAGGAGAGGAGACAGUGAUGCAUGUGGUCUUGGAUUUAAUAAAAACUCCUGGAGUCUGAGCUGCUCUGAUGGAAGAUUCACUGCCAGACACAAUAACAGACAAACAAUAACAACACUCAUCCGUGUCCCCCCCUCCUCUCACAGAGUGGCAGUGUAUCUGGACUGGCCUGCUGGCUCUCUGUCCUUCUACAGCGUCUCCUCUGACACACUGAUCCACCUCCACACCUUCAGCAGCACCUUCACUCAGCCUCUGUACCCGGGGUUUAGGCUGUUGGUCUUUUGGGAGGUUUUUCUUGCUGCUGUGAGGAUGAAGUCAGGGGGCGUCGGCCUGUUUGCUGUAAACUAG